ACCCGGUUAACUAAUUAUGCUCUCCUUAAAUACAGUAGCAUGCUGGACACAAGGGAGGAAGAAGCAGAGGCGGUCAGAGGAACGGCGGAUGCAGAGGGAAAGAUUGUGUGGAGAAAAGAAAUAAAGAAAGAAUAAACUGAAAACGUGGUCUCAGCGUGUGUCUCAGGGCCAAGGGAACUCACAGUAGCACGAUUCGGCUACAACCAGCGCCCAACAUGGGGCUAGAUUAAGACAAUUCACGCAGGGAGAUAAAGUGCUUGUAUUACUCCCUUCGUCCAGCUCCAAAUUACUCGCCAUGUGGCAAGGACCCUUUGCGGUCACACGGCGUGUCGGCGACGUGGACUAUGAGGCUGUGCAGUCGGAUAGGGGAGGGGCAACGCAGAUCUACCACCUCAACCUCCUAAAAGCAUGGAGAGAGGUGGAGCCUGUUGCUCUGGUGACGACGGUGGGUGAGAGAGAUGAGUUUGGGCCUGACAACCAUCUCACACUGUCCCAGAGAACAGACGUUGCCGAGUUGCAACGGCAUGUUGCCGACGUGUUCUCCCCCCUUCCGGGUCGCACCAACCUCAUUGAGACUCACCCGGGAGUGAUGGUGCGUUCAUGGCCCUACCGGUUGCCUGAGCACAAACGGAAAAUGGUUCAGGAAGAAUUAAAGGCCAUGCUGAAGAUGGGGGUAAUAGAAGAGUCCAACAGUGCCUGGUGUAGCCCCAUCGUUCUUGUAGGCAAGAAGGAUGGGACCAUACGGUUCUGUGUGGACUACCGCAAAGUGAAUGAUGUGUCACGAUUUGAUAACUAUCCAAUGCCUCGGGUCGACAAGCUCCUGGAUCGGUUAGGCACUGCUCGUUUUUUCACGACACUGGAUUUGACCAAGGGCUACUGGCAGAUUCCCAGUCUCCAGAGUCUAAGGGAAAGACGGCCUUCUCCACUCCAUACGGGUUGUACCAAUUUACAACACUUCCGUUCAGGUUGUUUGGGGCGCCGGCCACCUUCCAACACCUCAUGGACCGAGUACUGUGUCCGCACACUGCAUAUGCAGCCGCCUACCUAGAUGACGAUAUCAUCCACAGUGACAGCUGGGCGGAGCAUAUGCUGCAGGUGGCUGCGGUGCUCGGGUCAUUGAGGCAGGCCGGUCUCACUGCCAAUCCGAAGAAGUGUGCGGUUGGUUGGAGGGAGGUACGAUAUCUGGGGUACCACUUGGGCGGUGGGCAGGUGCGCCCCCAGGUAGACAAGACGGCUGCAAUUGCCACCUGCCCGAAGCCCAAGUCAAAAAAAGAGGUGAGGCGGUUCCUGGGGCUGGCCGGCUAUUACUGGAGGUUCAUUCCCAACUUCGCAGAGCUGACCAGUCCCUUGACUGAUCCCAGAAAAGUGCCUCAGAUGCGGUCUAGUGGAAGGAGCAGUGCCAAAUGGCAUUCGAGAGGGUAAAACAAGCCUAACUUUUCUCUCCCUUUUGUUCUGCAGACUGACGCGUCGAACAGAGGAGUGGGGGCCGUUUUGUCCCAGCAGGUGCAGGGUGUCGACCGUCCGGUCGUAUACAUCAGCCGGAAGCUGUCAGAGAGGGAGGCCAGUAGCAUGCUGGACACAAGGGAGGAAGAAGCAGAGGCGGUCAGAGGAACGGCGGAUGCAGAGGGAAAGAUUGUGUGGAGAAAAAGAAAUAAAGAAAGAAUAAACUGAAAACGUGGUCUCAGCGUGUGUCUCAGGGCCAAGGGAACUUAGUAGCACGAUUCGGCUAUACUGUUAUUUAAAAAUUUUUAAUUAUUGUUUUUAUCCCUUUUAUCGAUUUGAUUUGUUUUUAUUUUGUUGUCUUUUUAAAUAUUUUAUCCACUUUUCAGUCUAGCGUUUAUCUAACUCAUUAUUAUUAUACUUUGUUCUGUCUUUUAAUCUAUUUUAUUUCACUCUAUUAUGGUCUACACUUCUCGUGUUGUCAGUCAUGUGAAGCACUUUGAACUGCAUUAACCUGUAUGAAAGGUGCUAUACAAAUAAAGUUUGAUUGAUUGAUAUGUUCUGUUUGUCUGUGUGUGUGUUAUAUGUUGUGAGUUAAAUACAUAUAAUAAACAAUAAUUAAACAAGAAGGAAUUUCAGUGCCUAAUGUCAUCACUUGGCAGAGCCUAUGCCUUUGUUGUUGUUGAAACAAAUAUAUUCAGAAACUAAUUUGGUGACCAAAACACUGAUACUGAAAAUAUUUCAGUCUAAAUAAUAAUUGUUUUUGACUAAUGGUGAAUUGCCUUACUAUUAUAAGUGCCCCAGACCAAAAAGUGGCACAGCCAAAUUCCUUUCUUAUGAAAUUGGUGGUGUUCAAAGGAGCUACUGUAGCUAGCAAACAAACUGGUAAGAUGCUAGCUCACCAGGUAAAUGCUAGCGGGGCCAACUACCAAAAAUAUAUGUCCAACCACAGUAGCCCACCAAGCUAGCAGCUGGCUUGGUCACUGACUAGACAAAAAGUUAAUACAAUGUGUUCAAGAGAUGUAUUUGUAUCAUUGAGUCCUGUGUGAUGACAGUCCGCAGACCAUGCUUCUUUUGUGGGCCAGUUUAUACUGGAUAUACAGCUAAUAUAACAGCUUCCUCUGUUUUCAAAAGGGUCCAAUUGCAGCACCUCAGACCACUCUCCUCAUUUGGGGCCUCAGGAGGGAGGUCAUGCUUAAACCUGGCUCACAGAACUAGGGGCCCCAGGAGGGAGGACUGCAGUUAGACCCUUCUCUCUGUUUUGGACUCUCUGGUCAGCACCAUAGACUAUAUAAAACAUGGAUGUAGUCUUCAUGACAUCACCCAUAGGUUUCUGAAGAGCCUUUGUGAAGCUCAAUGUGGAAGGCUACGCCCAUCGCCAUCUUGGCAGUCCCUGACUCUGGCUAAUCCAAAAAUGGGUAAAGAGGUGGAGCUGAGGUGGGCUGAAUGAAGCCUGGUUGCUGACAUCACCUAGCGGCUAGCCACCUGAGAGGGCACCUACCUAUCAUUCAAAGCUGCCCUUAAUUAUGCAUAACUUUAAGCUCAGAGUUGAACUCUGUUGGGAUUUACUCAUAGAUGUAUAAUAAGAUCUGGAUACGGCACAGCCGCUCAGCCUUCAGCUGGGCCAGAUGUCUUCAGGUCCUCUCACACACUGUUUAAUUCUUCUUCAGUAAA